UUGGGUUACAAUGGUGCACUCAGGACUGAUUGAGAAAUCCAGCUCUCAACCCCCCUCUCCCAUGAACUGGUAUUGAAAUCAUGGAUAGGCUUCUGCUGAACUCUGUGUAGGACAUGCUGAGCUUGGAGCAAGAUUUUGCAUUCCAAAUGGCAGAAGCUGGAGUCUUUGUGCUGCUCUUAUUUUGCUCCCUGCUGUCAGGGCUGGUGUAUUACAGAGACUUCUUUUUUCAACAUGGACACAACAUAAAGAUAAAAGAAAGACCCAAUUUUAUUAUUAUUCUGGCUGAUGAUAUUGGCUGGGGAGACCUUUGGACAAAUGACCAUGACAAUACUACCCCCUGGCUGAAUAUGUUGAAGCUGGAAGGCAAAAGAUUUACAGAUUUCCAUGCUCCUGCUUCCACAUGUUCCCCAUCGCGUGCUGCAUUGCUGACUGGUAGACACGGCUUACGCAAUGGAGUCACUCACAAUUUUGCAAAGGGUUCUAUUGGAGGACUACCACUUAAUGAGACGACAAUUGCUCAGCUCCUACGUGAUGCCGGCUAUUACACUGCUAUGAUUGGAAAAUGGCAUCUUGGACACAGUGGUCCCUACCAUCCAAUCCACAGAGGUUUUGAAUAUUAUCUUGGCAUUCCAUAUAGUAAUGAUAUGGGCUGCACUGACAAGCCUGGCUUUGACCUGCCUAGCUGUUUCCCAUGUGAGCAAAGUAAACACAGUAGCAGGAAAGAUGCAGGCUGUGACACUAAAAUAGCAUUGCCUCUCUUUGAAAAUCAGAGCAUAAUUGAACAGCCACUGGAUCUUUGGGAACUCACAGAAAAAUAUGCUAAAGCAGCAGCCACCCAGAUUUUGACUGCAAGGAAUAGGGGGCAGCCUUUCCUGCUGUAUGUGGCUCUGGCCCAUGUGCAUGUUCCUCUGUUCCAUAAUCGCUUCCUGAAUGUGACUCCAAAGGAAGCGUAUUCAGCUAGCCUGAGUGAUAUGGACAGUUUGGUGGGGAGAAUAAAACUUGCAACUGAGGCCUUUAGUAUGAAGAACACACUUAUAUGGUUUACUGGUGAUAAUGGCCCAUGGGAACAGAAAUGCGAGUUUGCAGGGAACCCUGGGCCUUUUCUGGGCAAGUGGCAGACCAGCAGAGGUGGAGGCUCUGCCAAGAGGACCACCUGGGAAGGGGGUCAUCGAGUUCCAUCAGUGGCUUUCUGGCCAGGGAAGAUAUCACCUAACACCACCAGCAAUGCCCUGCUAAGUGGUAUGGAUAUCUUUUCCACAAUCCUCUCCUUAGCUGGUGUGGACCCUCCUUUCAACCGCCGUUACGAUGGCAUUGAUGUAACACACAUCCUGCUUCAUGGAUCUGAUACAGGACAUAAGAGUCUCAUGCAUCCAAACAGUGGGGCAGCAGGGCAGUUUGGAUAUCUACAGACUGUCAGACUGAGACAUUAUAAAGCUUUUUACAUUACAGGUGGUGCAGAAGCAUGUGGUGGAGGAAGUGGAAUGCCAAAGCUUCAUGAUCCUCCUUUGAUUUUUAACCUGGACAAGGAUCAAGCAGAAGGGUCUCCUCUAGACCCAGCCAGUAAAGAGUAUCAACUCGUUCUCAAAGAAGUGGAGAGAGAGCGUGAGGAGUUGCUAUGGGAUAUUGCUACAGACAAUGUGUCUACUGCAGAUUACACUGUGUCCCAGCAUGCAGUCCCCUGCUGUCAGCCACAAAACCCUGCCUGUCGUUGCCAUAGCCCAAACUGAGCUCUGUGACUUUAUACACAGCAAAUGACUGGCAUUCUAUGUAGUGUGAAUGCUUCCGCUUUGCUCCCUGGAUAUACUUUUGAUACAUUUUGAUGCAGUUCACACAACUUUUUAAUAAAUGUUUUGCAUAAAUAUAACAUUAAAUGUUAUAUUAUUAAAUAAAACA